UUUUCAUUUCGUUUUGUAGGACCUCAAGGCCCACCAGGUCCUCCCGGUAUACCUGGCCGCACUGGUCGCCAGGGCCCUCCUGGAUCGAGCUGUAAAAGGGGAAGAAAGGGACCAAAAGGUGUGCCAGGUCCCCAGGGAAAGCGCGGCAUAAGAGGACCAUCAGGGCCCCUUGGGAAAUCAGCACAACGGAGAAGAAAUCAUAGCGGUGGAGGUCAGUUAGGUAAGUCGUGCAAUGAAUACCUAUUAAUGGUUGUUUUUGUUGUUGUUAUUGUUUUCCUAAUUUUUUUCCUAACUCGAUUGACCCCUUUUUUUCAGAAUUGCCACACUUCAUUUCAAAGCCUUCCCCCACCAUAACAGUGAAAGAGACACUUAAUGUUCUAAUACCUUGUAAAGCAAAUGGCUUCCCACAACCUGUGAUCACGUGGUACAAAAAUGGACACCCAAUGGAAAAGGAGAAGAAGUACUUUGGAGAAAGAAGUCUAAAAUUAAAGAAAAUUCAAUUCCAGGACCGUGGUGUCUACACCUGUACAGCGGAAAAUCUUAUGGGCAGAGCAGAGUUAUCCGUCAAUGUCAGCGUGAAAGGUCUGUCCAAGAGAGUUGAAGUCUCCUGCUGUCUUUAUAACGCAAAACUUGGCAUUCAAUUUCAUAUUUUUCCCUCAUUAAGUAUCUAAUGUUACUAUUCGAAGUUAUCCAGAAUGUUCAUUUUGCAUUUUAAAAGGUCCAGAUCCUAUUUAUUUGCUCGUUAUUUGCUGGUUAGAAAGCAAGCCUAAUGUUCUCUGCACAGCAAUCAGUCACGCGCGCCUUGCAACAAAACUAUUUGAAUUUAUCGUUCAUUUUGCAUCCAGGGCAAGCGUAAAUUGUGCAUAGAAGGUCGCCUUAUAAAUUUCAAUCGAUAGUCUCGUCAAAACUUUAUCACUGUUGCAAAUCUAUAUAUUGCUGAACACUAUUAGGAUGUCCUCGUACCAUAAAUAGUAGUAUUACCUUGCUUUUUGUCUAAGUUUGAACUUGGUCUACUAUGUAUGUUGUAAUAUUCUUUUGGUAGUGCCAGCAAAAUUUAUUACCGAACCUAAGCGUUCCGUAACUGCUUACAAGACAUGGGACACCGUGCUCCAAUGUGACAUCUUUGGUUACCCUCCUCCUGUGAUAACAUGGACAAGAUCAGGCGAGCAGCUUUCAAUCAACAGACAUUUUAUGAACGGUUCCCAACUUACGAUUCAAAACACAACGGAGGACGAUGAUGGCGCUUACGUUUGCCAGGGAACUAACCAAAUGGCAAAUGUUAUGAGAGUGAUAUGGGUCUUUGUUAAAGCUGUUGGUAAGUAUGGAUUUGAAAAACAAACAAACUGAUCAACAACCUUGAGUAAAACAACAGUGUCCAUAAAAUUUCAAUCUAAAAAAUUGCGCUGAUUACUUUGUUUCUCUGUCUCGUAAGUGGAUCCUUAUAUUGUGUCAAGUUCUCCCAGUGAAAUCAAAGUCCAGCAUGUUGGCGAUACCAUAAAUUUAAACUGUUCAGCUAGUGGCUCGCCUUUACCUAAAGUCGCGUGGUUCAAAAAUGGUCGACGUGUUUUCUCAAGAGCCGUAAAUGACGAGAAUGGAUUGAUAAAGAGUGAAAUGGUUAUUCAUCGCUUCAAGCCUAGUGACUCGGGGAUCUACACAUGUCUAUUUUAUAACGGCAAGAAUAUGACAGCAGAGUCCAACACAAGUCUGAGUAUGUUGGAUUUCAUUUGCUAUAAUUACCUUACUAAAUGGUUGUACUGUCUUAUUGUCUAAACCUGAAGCCGUUAUUUAGCCAUUUACCAGAAAAUGCUUAUCGCAAAUGCGACCACACUAGCUGGCAACCCGUAUUGUCAGUGAUUUUUAUGGAAGAAGGGCUAUGAAAUAAACUUUAUAACAUUCCAAAAUUACAAACAUUUUUAGAAAGGUCCAGUCUACGACCUCCCUCAGCCAGGACGGUUUUAAUAUCGAACAUUAAACUGAAAAGGAAUCAUUUACUACUGCGUGGUGUGACAGCCUGCAUUUAAGUACUUUGUUUGUAUAUUUUAGAUGUGUCUAUUUCAAUUUCAAAGAGAGAUUUAGAAUCCUCUAUUUGCAAGUCUUCAUUUCUCUCUUCCUUUCCUUCUCUCUCACUCUUCCUCUUUGUUGUUUUUAUUUUUGUUGUCUUUUUGUUUAAUCAUCAUUACUCUUUUGUAUCUACAUCUAAGCCCUCGUCAACUGUGGCGAUCCGGGUGUUCUUUCCAACGGACGCAGGCAUGGUUCACGGUACUGGACUGGUGAAUCUGUGUCCUUCGUUUGCGAUCCAGAAUAUCACUUAACAGGUCCGGCAACAAGGAUGUGUUUACCCUCUGGAAAUUGGACAGGGGUACAACCCUCAUGUAAGUACAGUGAUGGCACUAAAAACCCCUUAUAGGAUGUCAACCGUAAAGGUUGGAUGCAAAAGAUCAGAGGAAAAUGCCAGGUAACAGGGUAUUCGUAUAACCGGCCAAACCUCAUCAGAAGAUAUCUCAGCACACUGAAGUGGAUCUGGCCUCACAAAAGUUUCCUUGAUCUUGCUGAACAAAUUUAACUCAUGGGAAACGAAAUUUUGGCCCGAUAGUAACCAGCAUCUUUGUCAGAUGAUCACAAUUUAAUCGUUUCAGCUUACUCGUUUCAGAUUCCAUGAGUCUUUCUUAGCUCGUUAAUAAUUUCAAGUUUCUAGGUUCCACUCGUAUCAAAAUCAUUUUCGAUCUUCCUUUUCCUACAACAAGGAAAAAGAAACAAAUCUUUUUGCAUGUGCACCCUUCUUUUAAAAUAAUUAGUCAUCUUUCACGAUGAUUACAUUGAGCGUUUGUGAUUACCCCAGCCCCGUAUCGUUAAAGGUGAGUGAAUCGAGCCUUCUUUUUCAUUAUGAGGGUAAGUAAGGCGUCAGAUAUAAAAAAUGAUAUUUUUUUUUUUAUAUUUUUCAAUUCUUUCGGAAAAUACUUAGUUUUUCUUCACAAGAAGAGUCCCGCAUUUAGCUUUAUUUUCAUACCUAAGCACGAGGUAUUUGACCUUCUUUACGAAAGAUUUUUAAAUCGACACAUCAAUGUGGGUGUUGAGGUAAAACGAGCAAAGAAAUUUUAUUUGCAAGGACCAAAACCCAACCCGCUAACUGUCAAAUGAACGUAUUAAAGAUACUUUGUGAAUCACUUAAAUUUGUUAGAAACAUGAAUACUAAAAACAAGAAAAAUAGGCUUUAGCGUCUUUUUGGUUCCCCAGCAAACAACUGACACUUCCCUUACUAUUGUUGAUGUUUUUUUUGUUGCCAUUUCAUGCUUGGUUGUUUGUUUGUUUUUCAUAAAGGUCGUAGAAUUUGCCAAUCUUUGGAAAGUCCAGAACAUGGAUAUAUUCACGGACAGCAGUUUUGGGAAGGAGAACAUGCUUCAUUUAGUUGCAGGCCUGCUUACUGGCUGGAGGGAUCCUUGGACCGUCGUUGCUUAAAGAAUGGCUCUUGGACUGGAAAUCAACCCAGAUGCAUUCUGCUCGGUAGAGUUUAAGAUAAACGUUUGUAUCGUUUAACAACUUUCGACUUCAUACCAAUGAAUGAGAAUUCGCAAUUAACUUACUCUAGAUGGGUGUAGGGCGCGUAGACCCGACAAUGACUAUCGUCUCCAUUAAUAACGAUAAUAAUCGUAAAAAUUACUAUUUCCUCGAUUGCGAUUGGCUAUGAAAAACUCUUAUCUUCCACUAAUUCACUUGCCAAGUUGUUAUCGAACAGUUUAAUAAACCAAUCACAUUCAAAGUUGUAGUUUAAAUCAACCAAUCUUAUAAAAGGUUGUAGUUUAAAUCAACCUUCGCCGGUCUUCCAGUACAAAGUUUCCCUUUCUUUCAUAGCUAGGCUAUUCUUCUUUGCUCGGAAAAAGUAAUUUUUAUUACUAAUUAGUGAUAAGACUUCGUGUCGUCCAAUUCGGUCUGUAAUCAUACUCGUGAUAGGCAAAUCGGACUCCCGCUGCGUGCUCGUCUGAUUUUGUUAUCACUCCUAUGAUUACAGACCGAAUUGCACUCCACUCAGCCUUAAUACCAUUACUAAUAAUGAUAAUAAUAAUGAUGAUGAUAAUAAUAUUAAUAAGAAGUAUAAUAAUGAUAAUAUUACUUAUAAUAAUAAUGAUUUAGGAAGAAAUCUUUCUGACAGCUUUUGUAUUACAAUGCGAGACAGAACAACAGAUCAACCACUGUUAAAGCCUAAUGCUUAUUGAACUUUUAUUCUUUUAAUUAUUUUUCUCUUCGCUCUCUGAAUGAAGAUAAUUUUAUUUCCAGUGACACUUUAAAAAAGUAAAAGUUUCUUUAUAAUUAAGCUUUUUUUGGAAUUUCUUCUAUUUCUUUCCACAAUCGCUAGGGUUGAAAAUACCAUCAAAUACAAUCACUAAGAAUGACAUUAUCCUGAGUCUUCUAAGAUUUUUGGAUCCUGUUCCUGGUUGGCAUUUACAAUGGACGCUAUGUUACCGCGCCUCCUCUCAUGGCUGGGCAGCAAGUACUUUUCACAGCCGUUGUGAUGGAAAACCACACACUGUUACUAUAAUAAGGAAAAGUUCUUUUGUGUUUGGAGGAUACACCGAUAUUACCUGGGGUGAGAACACAUAAAUAUUAGGCAGACUUUUAAUAGCAAAUUUGGAAGCAAUUACGAGCGAGUUUUCGCCUAAUUUUGCCAUUGGGCACCAUCCUUUUAUAUGCACGACAAGUUUAGACGUUGUUUUGUAGCCUAAUAACUUCCGCUAACUCCUGCAGGUAGCAAAAUUCUUAAACGCUGAAAGUGAGCUUAGUAAGCUUGCAAUCUAACUGAGUUUGAAAACCUUCGUUUACUCUUUUACUCUUUGAGGAUUUUAGUCUCUGCUCAUGUUAUAAUAACGUCAAUUACGGCGCCUGGCAUGUUUACAAACCUUUGUUUGGUUCUUCUAUUGCAAUUUUCCCUUUUGCCUGUUCCAAAAUUUCACUUUCAAUUAAAGACAAAAAAUACUAGGGAAAAGUCCCGGUGAAAGUAGGACAUACUACAAUUUGGAAGAUGGCGUGACAGCUUUAGCUCAGCUCUAUGCUCUAUACUCUCAUAGAGAACGCUAUUUCAACCAAUGACAGCGUUCGUUAUAUCCGAACUUUGUUAUAAUUCAACAUUCCGUCAUUUAAUAUCACCCUAUACUCAUGAACAUAUUCUCUUGUCCUAAAUCAUUUAGCACCUUAAAAUGUCUAUGCCUCCAUUUCUAUAGAAUUAAUCUACCUUAUGUUUCUAUACCUUUUGAUACUGUUUUACUUUGUAUUCAGAUUCCAAUAACGUAUACGGCUACUCGUUGAACUCUUUUAUAUUUUCCCUCAUCAACAAAGAAGGACUGGUACCAUUCAAGAGCAUGGUGAAAGAUCCACAACGUGCAAUUUACAGGGGCUCAGGUUAUGGUCCCGUAUUUGAUUCAGGAAAUGGAUUCCUUAUCAGCAAUAAUGCCAACAGUAACACUGAUUCACGCACAGACUUUAGUAACAACCACUACCACGUACCAAGUGAAGUACAGAACAGGAAAACAAUCCUUGCUGGGUCUUACAGAUUCACACCUGAUGAGGUGGAGGUGUUUCAUCUCAGCUGA